GUCUUUCAGAUGGACAAUAUGAUUUCAAACUUAAAGCCACAGACAAAACAGGAAAUGUGGUUGAAACUGAAAUUACAGGAUGGAUAAUUGACACUGUGGCACCCAAAAUCCAAUAUGUUGAUCCUCCUGCUAAGACGAAUGGCUUUCCCACAUUAGGUGGAUGUCGUCAGAGGAAGCUUCUUUUGAGUGUUCGCUUGAUAAUGGAACGUUUGAAAACUGUCAUGAUGGAAGAAGAGGAUCUUGGAAGAAAGAUAAUAUUUCAGAUGGUGAGCAUGUUCUAGCUGUAAGAGGUACUGAUCUUUCUGGUAACCAAGGAAAAACAAAUAUACAUGUGUGGAUCGUCGAUUCCAUUAAUCCCGUUAUAACAUUUAACAAUCCACCGAGGAAGACAAGUAGUUCAGUUGAAGUUACUUGGAGAUCAUCAGAAGAUGCUACAUUCGAUUGUUCACUUGAUGAUGGAAAAGUGUUUAGGAGUUGCGGUGACGGUUUAAGUGGUCGUUGGAAUGCGCAUGCGUUAAAGGAUGGUAGUCACUUGUUGAAAGUCCGAGCAACAGAUACAGUUGGCAAUGUAGGAAAAGUAUUCAAACUAAAAUGGAUAGUAGAUGCAAUUCCGCCCAUCAUUAUAUUCACCAAUCCACCAUCAAAGACCAAUGGUUCACCGCAAAUAAAUUGGAUAUCAUCAGAAUUCACCAAGUUUGAAUGUUCAGUAAAUGCAGAGAUGUAUCUCAAUUGUGGUUAUGGUUUAAAAGGGCAAUGGAGUGAUGAUAGUAUGAAUGACGGAAAGCAUAAUUUAUCUGUUCGAGGACGAGAUAGCGUUGGAAAUUUGGGACAAACAAUUACUCAUACAUGGAUCGUAGAAACGGUCGAACCAAUGAUAACGUUUAUCGAGAAACCUACUGUGACAAAUCAUUAUCCAGUACUGAAGUGGAAUUCAACGACAAAUGUUUUUUUCCAAUGUUCGUUAGAUAGUCAGUCUUUUAGAGUUUGUGGUAAUGGGAAAACAGGACAGUGGAACGGUGAAAAUAUUAAAGAUGGACAACAUUCUUUUAUUGUAAAAGGACUCAACGUUGACGGUGAUGUUGUAGUCAUGUCAAAAUUCCUAUGGACAGUCAACCGAAAAAGCACACCGACUCUUGAUCUUGUGUUUGCUUUGGAUGGUUCCAAUGUUCUCAACUCUGAACAAUUCAAUAAACUGAAAGAUAUGAUGAAAGAUAUUGUGAACUCCUAUGUCAUUUCUCCUACAGCAACUAAUAUAGGCGUGAUUGAAUUUAGUGACACCAGUGUUGUUAAAGUACCUCUGAACGAAAGCUUUAAUAGCGAUGUUUUACUAGCAAUGAUUGACAGAAUUGAACAGUCUAGAGGUAAUGGUCGAGCAAUUGAUGAAGCAGUUAAAAUGGCUGACACUGAAUUGUUUGACAAGAGUGCAAGAGUUGGUUCAUCACGUGUUUUUGUACUGAUCACUGCUGGUAAGUCUACAAGUCAGCGGUCGCUAAACAAUACAAUAAAGACAUUACGGAGGAAGGGUGUGAGAGUGUAUAUCAUUGGAGAUGAUAUUUCUGAAAGAUUAUCCAAAAACUUGGUGGAUGUAAUUUUGGUCGUGGGUGCUCUGAAUCCCGUGUAUUUUAUGAAUCAAAAGGAGGUUAUUUUGGAGAUGGUUCGUCAUCAUCAAAGAACGAACUUAAAUUACAUUUAUGAGAUCAUACAACGAGGAUCCACUGCAGUAGUAAAGAAAGGAUUACAAGAAAGAGUAAAAGACAGAGAUCUUCCCAAAUUAAUUGCGUCGUUGAAGUAUGAGGAGCCUGCCCAAGCAUUCCUAGAAUCUCUUAAAAAAGCAAAGUUAUCAUUUGAACAAUAUGGUCGUCCGAAUUCCAAAAAAGUUUUGGUUGUUUUCUCUGAUGCAGAUAUUUCUAGAUAUCCUAAAAGCAUCAUUGAGAAGCAUGGUGAAGAACUACGUCGAGAUGGUGUGAAGAUCAUUGGUAUCGCGUUUGAUGAUCCUGAAGGAUACAUUGGCAACAACCUUGAAGCUCUUUCUGGAAGGAAAUCUUUGAAUUUGGGUUCCAUGAAAAAUGGUACUUCUCCACAGAAGACUGGAGAGAAGAUCGCAGAACAAACAACAAAUGAUCCAUGUUUUGCCAGAAAGUGCCAAAAAAAUACAAAGUGUGAAGAGUAUAGCGAUGACAGCACAACUUGUGUGUCGUUGGAACCGUUGGAACUUGUGAUUCUUUUGGAUGGUUCAAAGUCUCUUAAGGCUGAAGAAUUCGAUGAUUUGAAAAAGUUCAUUAAGAAGACCAUCGAUUCAUUCGACGUCUCAUCAGAUGGAGUCCAUGUUGCCAUCGUUGAAUACAGUAAAGAUGCUCGAGUAAAAAUUCCACUUACUAGAUCCUUUGAGCCUGUUAUUUUGAAGCGCUUGGUUGAUGAGAUCCAAGCUUCCAACGGUGAUGAACGAAACGUGGAUAUUGCUAUGUCUGUUGCUAAAGAAGACGUUUUAUCUCUCCGUGGGGGAGCUCGUCCAAACGUGCCACGAGCGAUCUUGUUACUUAUUGCUGGAAUAUCAACGGGCUCUGUACCAAUUGAAAAUGCACUUGUGGUCAUGAAUAAAGAUGGAAUCAAAACGCACGUGGUGGUUGUUGGUAAUUCAUCUGAUUUAAGUGAAUUAGAAAGAUACUUAAGAAAUAUAACGGACACUUAUCGAGUUGAUUUUCCCAAAAAUGCUUCUACGAUUGUCAAGAAAGUUGUGGACAACAUUAAAAAAGGUGCCAAACAAGAGUCGUGCAUUUCAGUAAGAUGCAGCAAGAAUGAAAUAUGUAAAACUCAACCGGAUGAUUCUAUUUUAUGCGUUCCUCGUGAACUCCUGGACAUUGUGUUUGCAUUAGAUGGUUCUAGCAGUUUAUCAGCUGAACAAUUCAACAACUUCAAAACUUUUGUUAAAGAAACCAUUGAAAAGUUUGCAAUUUCUAAAGAGGAAACUCAUGUCGGUGUAUUGGAGUACAGCGAUACAAUUGCUGUUCAAUUCAAGCUCAAUGAAAUCUUCGAUAAAGAUUCCAUGUAUUCGAUUGUAGACAGGAUUUUACCAUCUCGUGGAAGCAAUGCUGUCACAGAUAGUGUGCUGGCAAAUACAGUUAAUAUGAUGUUCAGUGUCAAUGAGGGUGGACGACCUGGUGCAAAAAGGAUUUUGAUUAUUCUCACUGAUGAAGGAAUACCUGGUAAAAAACCGGUCACCUCAUUGCUUGAACCACUAGAGAAGGCUGGUGUUCGUCUUUACAUCGUAACUACAGGAGAUAAAAUUGAUAGUGAUGAUUAUGCUACGGUUGUUCAAGAGAAAAAUAACACAAAACAUGUUCCUGAUCCAAAUGAUCUCAAUAAUAUUGUACAUUCUGUUGCCGAUAAGAUUAAAAAAGACUUUAUUCAGCGAAAUCCCAUCAGCAUGCUCGAUGUUGUGUUUGUGAUGGGAUCUAGAUCUCCUAACGCUUCCUCAAUAUUUGAAACCGAAAAGACGAUUGUUAUGAGCAUGAUCAAUGAACAUGUCACAGCUGACACGUCUUACUCAGUAAUUCAAUAUGGUGAGACAGCUGUAAUACGUGCUGAUUUUGACGCAUCGAGGCCAGAUGAAGAAACGAUAAAAAUCGUCAAAUCAUUGGAUUGGUUUGAGGAGGGAAUUGAACUCGAUGAUGGAAUAAAAAUUGCCGGUGACGUUCACGAAAAGAAAGGUCGAGCUUAUGCUAAAAAAGUGAUUGUGGUCUUCUCAAGCGGUCCUGUUGCACCCUCCAACGAUCAACUAAAGAAUAUUUUAGAUCCUUUAAGGAAAAACGACAUUAAACUGUUAUCUGUGGUACUAGGUGACUAUGUGGAUCCUAAAAUCAAUACCAUUGACAAAGUUUUAACACCAAUGAAAAAGGAAGAAGAUCCAUAUGGAUCUGUGAAGCAAGAAGUAUUUAAUGACCCGUGUUUUGCUACCACGUGUUCGAAAAAUGAAAGAUGUUCAGUGAACCCAGAUGACAAGUCCUUGUGUGUUCCUGCUGAAAUUGUUGACCUCUUGAUUGCACUCGAUGGCUCUUCUUCCCUGAAAUUUCGAGGUUUUGAUGACAUAAAAAAGCUCGCCAAGAAUAUCGUAAAUCGUUUCAAAGUUUCCAUGUCUGCCACUCACGUUGGAUUGAUUGAAUUCAGCAGCGAUGUGAACGUUCUUCUGCCAUUCAAUAAGAUUUACAAUCCGACAAACAUCAUGAAAGUUAUUGAGAAGACAAUACCUUCAGGUGGUGAUGUAACUGUUACAGACAAGUUAUUGCAAGAAGCAGCUCGAACGAUGUUUGCUGUAUCUUCUGGUGGACGACCUGACGCUGUUAAAGUUUUUGUGAUCAUUACAGAUAGCAAGUCAGGUGGUAAACAACCACUUUAUCGUGUUGUAAAACCUUUACAAAACAUUGGUGUUCGUAUAUAUGUUGUUGAUAUCGGAGAUAAAACUAAUCCUGAGGAAUUAAAAAAUAUCGCUCCCAGUCAAGAAGAAAUUACAAAAGUUGCAACUCCAAUUGAGGCACCUAAAGUUUCUAAUAAGUUAUCAAGUGACAUUCAACGUGCAAUUGAUCAAAGAACUCGUGAAAAAGUUAAAGAUGUUAUAUUCUUGGUUGGUGGUAAUACAGUGUAUCAUUUUUACACAGCAAUUAGACUUCUUCGCAGUGUUGUAGAAAAGCAACAAACAUCCUCUGCAUUAUUUGCAAUGGUUCGCUAUAAUAGUAUUGCAAGUUUAGAGAUUCCUUUCUCAGAAAAAGAUGAGUUUAUCCGAGAUUCAGAAAGCGUAUACUAUACUGCUCAGGGAAACACAUUUGUCGACGGACUCAAGUUAGUCUUGAGAACGUUUGAAGAGACUGGCCGUCCUAAUGCAGAGAAAAUACUGGUUGUGUUUGGAAACAUCAAUAAUGUGACUCUUCGUCGUCAAAUCAAGGAUAUUGCACAGAAAUUGGAGAAAAAUAAUAUUCGUGUUGUUACAGUUGUUGUUGGUACACCUGCUAAUAAUCAAAUUCUUCAAGAAAUCGACACAAAGAAGAUGAUAUCAUGGAACAUUCAAACCAGAGAUGAUCAAAAUGAUGUCUCCGAUAAUAUUAGCCAAGACAUUUACAAAGAUCCAUGUUUUGCAAUUAAGUGCAACAAAGGAAGUUCAUGCAAACCACUAAUCGACGGAACGACAAUGUGCAUUUACGAUGAUGCAGUGGACCUUGUGUUUGCUAUUGAAGGCUCUAAGGCUUUAAGCAAAGGUUUUGAUAAAAUCAAAGAGACAGCGAUAAAAAUGUUGGCACGCUUCAAAAUAUCUCGUGAAGACACUCGUGUUGGCGUCCUCGAGUUUAGUGACACCACUUCGAUUGAAAUAAGAUUGGAUGAUGAUUAUGAUUUUGAAAACUUAAAGAAAGUACUUGCUGAUAUCAGACCUUCUAACGGAGAAAAGGUGUUUACUGAUAAAGUCUUUCGUGAAGCUAAAGAGAUGUUUACCGUUGUAAAUGGUGGAAGAGCUAGCUACCCCAAAGUUUUGAUUCUUUUUACUGGAUCAAAGUCAGAUGGAGACAAGUCUUUAAGUGAAGCAGUUGAACCUUUAAAGGCACAUGGAAUACAUUUAAUGGUCAUAUCUCUUGGAAAUCAAACUGAUCCUUCUUUAAAGAUAAUUACACCAAAUGUCCACCAAGUGGUGGAUCCUAAAACCCUUCCGAAGGAGACAGAUAAAAUUGUGGACGAAAUAUUGAAGAAAGUGACCGAAGGACAAGAUAAAAAAGAAGAAAUUAUGGUAGACAUCAUCUUUGCUCUUGGUGCUAUGGGUGAAAGUUCUGUCGAGUUGUUUGAACGACAAAAGCUUAUAACACUGAGUAAGAUAGAAAAGCAGAGUUUUCCCAAUACAAAAUAUGGUGUCAUAGCGUAUGGAAAUCGUGCUCAGAGUCAGCUUGACAUCAAUAACCACUACAGCAGGGAUGAAGUGAAGACUUUGAUUAAAAAGCUAUCUUGGAAAUCAGAUGGAUCUCGGCUCCACCUUCCAUUGGAUAAAGCUCAUAAUAUGUUCACGGAAAAUGGUCGCCCUGGUUCACGAAGACAAUUGAUUGUCUUUAUAACGGGAAAUAUUGAUACAAUCAGUGAGAAAGUAAGAUUAGCUGCUAAAAAUCUUGAAAAGCUUCGUGUGAAAACAAUCUUCAUUAAAAUGGGUGAUGUUGAUAAUAUAAUCCAUCCACCCGAUAAAAAUGUUAUCUCUGAUGAUGGAUCGAAUGAACCAAGCAAAGUAGCCGAAUUCAUUGGGGAAAUUUCUGACAAAAAUCCUUGUGCCGUGGCAGAGUGUAAUCAUUAUGCAAAAUGCAAAAUUUUAUCCAAUGAUAUGACAAAAUGUGACUGCCAAUUCAUGUGUAGUAAUGAGCCAUAUUCAGUUUGCGGUAGCAAUCAACUUACGUACGAUAACCUUUGCAACUUAAAACGUGACUCCUGCUUGAAGAAACCAAUCUACAUGAAGUAUCGUGGUCCUGCAGUGAAAUACUUUAUGGACAUGGUGUUUGCUUUGGAUGGAUCGGACAGUUUAAAUGAAAAUCAAUUUGUUAAGAUUAAAGAAUUAGUUAAAGCAAUGAUCGACAACUACACAAUUUCUGAGAGUGAAACCAAUGUUGGGAUAAUAGAGUACAGCAAUAAAGCAAAAGUUAUUCUUUCACUAAAUGCAUUGUUUGAAACGGACGCCAUCAAAGAUAAAGUUGAUCUCAUCGUUCCAUCUGGUGGUAAAGACACGGUGACUGAUGAAGCUUUGCGAAAAUCAACAAAUGAUGUGUUUGAUGUAAAAGCAGGAGGAAGACCUGGAGCAUCGAAAGUUCUUAUAAUCAUUACAGAUGGUAAAUCAACUGGUAAAGAACCACCUAAACGUGCUGUGAAACCUGCCAAAGAAAAAGGUGUUCGAGUUUAUGUUGUCAAUAUUGGAAAAGAUACUGAUUCUAACGAAAUCAAGGACAUCGUACCCACUCAAGAUAAUAACUUUCCUAUUAAGAACAUAGAUCAAAUUGCAGCAAUUACUCCAAAACUAUCAAAUAAGAUAAAAAAUGAUGUAAAGAAACGAUUGCCAAAGAAAUUAAUGGAUGUGAUUUUUGUCAUGGGAUCUUUCAAUCCAAAGGCCAAGACAUCAUUUGACGCGCAGAAACAUGUUGUUCUGAAUUUCAUCAGCACACCGAACAAUGCUAUUGCUAAUUAUGGCAUCGUUCUGUUUGGGAACGAGACAGACGUCCCAGUUCCACUUGGCUACAUUGAUGAAAAGAAGCUCAGAGACUAUGUAAGGUCUCUCACUUGGAAAGAAAACGGAAAACGUUUGGAUGAAGGAUUAAAAAGAGCAUUGUUAGAAAUGGAAAAGAACAGUCGUCUAUCAGCUCAAAAAAUUAUAAUUGCUUUUGUGGAUGGAAUUGAUAGAAGUAAUGAAGAAGAGUUGGUUAAAGUGAAAAAAACAUCAAAUGCUAAAAAUAUUGAAAUUAUUCCUGUAAUAAUGGAUGCAAUAGUUGAUGAUGAAAAAUUAAAAAGUCUUAUACCUAUCAAUAAGAAACCAGUCACGGGAAAAUAUCCAAAAGAUAUCAGCGAAAAGCUCGCUGAAGAAGCUUUAAAUGAUCCAUGCUUUGCUGAAGAAUGUUAUAAUUGCAUUGUAAAGAUAGACGAUUCUACUACUUGUGAUGACGCUAAGUUUAUCGAUCUUAUAUUUGCCAUGGAAGGAACAAAAAGAAUGAAGGAAAAUGGUUUUACUCAGGCAAAAGAGUUCAUAAAGGAGAUGAUACAAUCUAGUUAUACAAUAUCUAAAGACGAAACACAUGUGGGCAUUGUUGAAUACAGUGAAGAACCAUCGAUAAAGCUUCGUCUUGAUGAAACAUUUGAUGAAGAUGUAAUACAGAACGUCAUUAAGAACAUGACACCAUCAGCAGGAGAAAAUGCAAAUCUUGACGAGGCGUUGGAUAAAUCCAUAAACAAAAUGUUCAGUGUUUCAAUGGGAGCACGUCCAUCGGCUAAAAAGAUUUUAGUUGUUAUUGCGGCCAGUAAUACAACCGGUAAAGAAGCAUUGAAGAAGUCUUCAAAGCCAUUAAAAGAACGCGGUGUUAGAGUUUAUGUUGUAUCAUUGGGCUCAGAUCCAGAGACUCUGGCUGUUCUUCUUCCUGAUGAAACCAAGCUUCCAAAGAAUACUCCAUCAUCAGCAUUACCUGAAUUUUCCAAAGAAUUACAAGAAAUCAUUAGAAAGGAUGUUUCAGAAAAAAGCAAGGAGAAAUCUUUUACUGAUUUGCUCUUUAUACUUGGUUCAACGGGAGAUGACGCUGUCAUGUGGUUUGAAAAAGAAAAACAAAUUGCCCAACAAAUGAUUGAGAAUAACAGGGAAAGCGAUAUUUCGUACGCAGUAAUGGUGUAUGGCAAAAAUUUAUCCAUCAAAUCAAAGUUUAAUGAAACAACAAGUGAAGAAAACCUGAAAAUGCUCAUCAAUAAUUUAACAUGGGAAGGCAAGGGUAUAAAGAUGGGCCACGCUCUUAAAGCUGCAAUUAAACUGUUUAGAUAUCGUGACCGUCCAAAUUCUCGUAAAAUGGUUGUUGUAUUUGUAAGUGGUCAUCUUGAUGAAGUACAAAGUGAUUUAAAGAAAUUGUCAGGGAGAUUGCAUGAUGACGAUGUGAAAAUAGUUGUUCUAAAACUAGGAAAUCAUACAAAUGAUGAACAACUUGAGGUAAUCACUCCAAGAAAAAAUAUUGUAACGAUCAAUGAGAACGAAACCAACGAGCAUGCUGCCAAAAAAGUUGAUGAUGAGAUAAUGCAAGACGCGUGUUUUGCUAAAGAUUGUCUUUUUGACGGAAAAUGUGCAGUAAAAGCUGAUGAUACGGCAAUAUGCCAUUGUAAGAUGUGCAACGAUCUCAUUCAACCAAUAUGUGGCUCGGAUAACAUUACGUACGAAAAUGAAUGCCAGGUGAAGCGCAAAUCAUGUUUGAAAAAGAAAAUAAUUGUGAUGAAAAAGAAAAGCCCUUGUGCACAAACUCUAGAUUUAGUAUUUGCCUUGGAUGGAUCGCAAAGCAUCGGUAAAAACGACUUCAAUAUCAUUAAGAGUUUCGUACAAAUGAUAAUUGAAGAGUACACUAUUUCAAAAGCAGAAACACAUAUUGGUAUAGUAGAGUACAGCAAUAAAGCAAAAGUUAUUCUUUCACUUAAUGCAUUGUUUGAAGCGGACGCCAUCAAAGAUAAAAUUGAUCUCAUCGUUCCAUCUGGUGGUAAAGACACGGUGACUGAUGAAGCUUUGCGAAAAUCAACAAAUGAUGUGUUUGAUGUAAAAGCAGGAGGAAGACCUGGAGCAUCGAAAGUUCUUAUAAUCAUUACAGAUGGUAAAUCAACUGGUAAAGAACCACCUAAACGUGCUGUGAAACCUGCCAAAGAAAAAGGUGUUCGAGUUUAUGUUGUCAAUAUUGGAAAAGAUACUGAUCCUAACGAAAUCAAGGACAUCGUACCCACGGAAAAGAACAUACAUAAUGCAAAUACACCGAAAGAGCUACCAAGUAUUGCUUCAAAACUAGUUGAAGACAUCGAAAAAGAUAUCAAAAAACGCAUUCCUCAAAAACUUGUUGACGUAAUAUUUGUUGUGGGUUCUGCUGAUCCAAAUGGCAGAGAUAACUGGAUGAAAGAGAAGCGUAUUAUGAACGACAUGAUUGAGAAACCAAAAGAUGCAUUUGUUAAAUAUGGUGUAGUUGAAACAGAUCCCAUUGGUUCGAUACACGUACCUCUUGGUGUUUACGAAGAUGAAAAGAAAUUGAAAGAAAGCGUAAAGAAAAUGCCUUUCAAAGAACGAAGAAAUUUAGACGAAGGAAUAAAAAAUGCUGGAAACGAAUUUGAGAAGAACGGACGACCAGAGGCUCGUAAGAUAAUGAUUGUAUUUAUUGAUGGUAAAGAUGUGUCGACUGUUGAAGAAUUAAAGAAAGUGACAGAGCCAUUAAAGAAGAAGAAUGUGAAAAUAAUUCCUGUUGUUUUGGAAGAUAACGUUGAUAAAGACAAACUUAAGCCUUUACUUCUUGAUAACAAAAAAGCAAAGGAAGGAAAAGAUCCUAAGAAAUUGGCUGAUGAAGUUUCUGAGGAAACUUUUAAUGAUCCGUGUUUUGCUGUCGAGUGUAAAGCUUGUGUUGCUAAACCUGAUGAUUCAACCACAUGUGAUAUUGGUGAAGUUAUAGAUCUUGUAUUUGCCAUCGAAGGAACAAGAAGAAUGAAAGAAGAUGGGUUUACGGAGGCCAAAGGAUUCAUAAAGAACAUGGUGCAAUCAAAUUAUACAAUAUCUAAAGACGGAACACAUGUGGGCAUUGUUGAAUACAGUGAAGAACCAUCGAUAAAGCUUCGUCUUGAUGAAACAUUUGAUGAAGAUGUAAUACAGAACGUCAUUAAGAACAUGACACCAUCAGCAGGAGAAAAUGCAAAUCUUGACGAGGCGUUGGAUAAAUCUAUAAACAAAAUGUUCAGUGUUUCAAUGGGAGGACGUCCAUCGGCUAAAAAGAUUUUAGUUGUUAUUGCGGCCAGUAAUACAACCGGUAAAGAAGCAUUGAAGAAGUCUUCAAAACCGUUAAAAGAACGCGGUGUUAGAGUUUACGUAAUAGCUUUGGAUGAUGCUGAUCCAAAAGUUUUAAAUGGACUGGUUGGUGACGAGGAAAAUAUCAAAAAGACAAAGGAUAAAAAGAAACUACCAAAACUUAACAAGGAAAUGUCUGAGAUUAUCGAAGAGGAUUUGAUCAAAAAACGUAAAGAGAAAGAAAUGAUUGAUCUUGUGUUUGCUUUUGGAUCAACUGGUGAAGAUGCUCUAAACUUAUUUGAAAAAGAAAAGACAACUGCAAAAUUAAUGAUCGAUAAUGACAAGGAGAAAGAUGUUCUCUACAGUACGAUUGUUUAUGGACGUGAUGCUCUCGUAAAAUCACGAUUCAACGACCAGCCGGACAAAAAUAGAGUCAAGCAAUUUAUUGAUACACUAGAGUGGACCGACGAAGGAAACAAGUUAGAUCAUGCUCUCGUCGAAGCCGAAAAGUUGAAACUAGGUACAGACCCAGAUGAUAAACGAUUGGAAACAAUUACACCGAAGAAAAACAUCGUAAAGAAGAGGAAAACUGUCGAUCCAAAGGAACUUUCUGAAUUUAUUGAAGAGCAAGUAAAGAAAAAUCCUUGUGAUGCUAUUGAUUGUGAUUACGGUGCAAAAUGCGAGGCUCAAGUCGAUGAUACAACUUUGUGUAAAUGUAAAGAGAAAUGUCCCACAACAGAAGAUUUCAUUUGUGGGUCUAAUGAUGUCACUUACACUAACGAAUGUCACCUGAAACAAGACAUGUGUAUGAUGCAAAAGUUGAUUUCCAAGAAAAAGAAAGGCUCUUGCAAACGCUUCCUUGAUCUCGUGUUUGCUUUGGAUGGAUCUGACAGUUUGAAUAAGAAUCAAUUUGUUAAGAUUAAAGAAUUAGUUAAAGCAAUGAUCGACAACUACACAAUUUCUGAGAGUGAAACCAAUGUUGGGAUAAUAGAGUACAGCAAUAAAGCAAAAGUUAUUCUUUCACUUAAUGCAUUGUUUGAAGCGGACGCCAUCAAAGAUAAAAUUGAUCUCAUCGUUCCAUCUGGUGGUAAAGACACGGUGACUGAUGAAGCUUUGCGAAAAUCAACAAAUGAUGUGUUUGAUGUAAAAGCAGGAGGAAGACCUGGAGCAUCGAAAGUUCUUAUAAUCAUUACAGAUGGUAAAUCAACUGGUAAAGAACCACCUAAACGUGCUGUGAAACCUGCCAAAGAAAAAGGUGUUCGAGUUUAUGUUGUCAAUAUUGGAAAAGAUACUGAUCCUAACGAAAUCAAGGACAUCGUACCCACGGAAAAGAACAUACAUAAUGCAAAUACACCGAAAGAGCUACCAAGUAUUGCUUCAAAACUAGUUGAAGACAUCGAAAAAGAUAUCAAAAAACGCGUUCCUAAGAAACUUGUUGACGUAAUAUUUGUUGUGGGUUCUGCUGAUCCAAAUGGCAGAGAUAACUGGAUGAAAGAGAAGCGUAUUAUGAACGACAUGAUUGAGAAACCAAAAGAUGCAUUUGUUAAAUAUGGUGUAGUUGAAACAGAUCCCAUUGGUUCGAUACACGUACCUCUUGGUGUUUACGAAGAUGAAAAGAAAUUGAAAGAAAGCGUAAAGAAAAUGCCUUUCAAAGAACGAAGAAAUUUAGACGAAGGAAUAAAAAAUGCUGGAAACGAAUUUGAGAAGAACGGACGACCAGAGGCUCGUAAGAUAAUGAUUGUAUUUAUUGAUGGUAAAGAUGUGUCGACUGUUGAAGAAUUAAAGAAAGUGACAGAGCCAUUAAAGAAGAAGAAUGUGAAAAUAAUUCCUGUUGUUUUGGAAGAUAACGUUGAUAAAGACAAACUUAAGCCUUUACUUCUUGAUAACAAAAAAGCAAAGAAAGGAAAAGAUCCUAAGAAAUUGGCUGAUGAAGUUUCUGAGGAAACUUUUAAUGGUAAACGACGUGAAUGUGAACAUAAUUUUAUUCACAUCAUAAUCUUAUAUCAUUGCGAACUUUUUACAGAUCCGUGUUUUGCUGUCGAGUGUAAAGCUUGUGUUGCUAAACCUGAUGAUUCAACCACAUGUGAUAUUGGUGAAGUUAUAGAUCUUGUAUUUGCCAUCGAAGGAACAAGAAGAAUGAAAGAAGAUGGGUUUACGGAGGCCAAAGGAUUCAUAAAGAACAUGGUGCAAUCAAAUUAUACAAUAUCUAAAGACGGAACACAUGUGGGCAUUGUUGAAUACAGUGAAGAACCAUCGAUAAAGCUUCGUCUUGAUGAAACAUUUGAUGAAGAUUGUUUCAAUGGGAGGACGUCCAUCGGCAAAAAGAUUUUAGUUGUUAUUGCGGCCAGUAAUACAACCGGUAAAGAAGCAUUGAAGAAGUCUUCAAAACCGUUAAAAGAACGCGGUGUUAGAGUUUACGUAAUAGCUUUGGAUGAUGCUGAUCCAAAAGUUUUAAAUGGACUGGUUGGUGACGAGGAAAAUAUCAAAAAGACAAAGGAUAAAAAGAAACUACCAAAACUUAACAAGGAAAUGUCUGAGAUUAUCGAAGAGGAUUUGAUCAAAAAACGUAAAGAGAAAGAAAUGAUUGAUCUUGUGUUUGCUUUUGGAUCAACUGGUGAAGAUGCUCUAAACUUAUUUGAAAAAGAAAAGACAACUGCAAAAUUAAUGAUCGAUAAUGACAAGGAGAAAGAUGUUCUCUACAGUACGAUUGUUUAUGGACGUGAUGCUCUCGUAAAAUCACGAUUCAACGACCAGCCGGACAAAAAUAGAGUCAAGCAAUUUAUUGAUACACUAGAGUGGACCGACGAAGGAAACAAGUUAGAUCAUGCUCUCGUCGAAGCCGAAAAAGUUUUAAAGUUAUAUGCACGACCUGAAGCUCGUAAAAUAACAAUUGUAUUUGUAACUGGAAGAGCCGAUUCCACCACUGCAGAAUUAAAGAAGGCUGCGAAAAAAUUGAAUGACCAGAAUGUGAAGAUAAUUUUAGUGAAACUAGGUACAGACCCAGAUGAUAAACGAUUGGAAACAAUUACACCGAAGAAAAACAUCGUAAAGAAGAGGAAAACUGUCGAUCCAAAGGAACUUUCUGAAUUUAUUGAAGAGCAAGUAAAGAAAAAUCCUUGUGAUGCUAUUGAUUGUGAUUACGGUGCAAAAUGCGAGGCUCAAGUCGAUGAUACAACUUUGUGUAAAUGUAAAGAGAAAUGUCCCACAACAGAAGAUUUCAUUUGUGGGUCUAAUGAUGUCACUUACACUAACGAAUGUCACCUGAAACAAGACAUGUGUAUGAUGCAAAAGUUGAUUUCCAAGAAAAAGAAAGGCUCUUGCAAACGCUUCCUUGAUCUCGUGUUUGCUUUGGAUGGAUCUGACAGUUUGAAUAAGAAUCAAUUUGUUAAGAUUAAAGAAUUAGUUAAAGCAAUGAUCGACAACUACACAAUUUCUGAGAGUGAAACCAAUGUUGGGAUAAUAGAGUACAGCAAUAAAGCAAAAGUUAUUCUUUCACUUAAUGCAUUGUUUGAAGCGGACGCCAUCAAAGAUAAAAUUGAUCUCAUCGUUCCAUCUGGUGGUAAAGACACGGUGACUGAUGAAGCUUUGCGAAAAUCAACAAAUGAUGUGUUUGAUGUAAAAGCAGGAGGAAGACCUGGAGCAUCGAAAGUUCUUAUAAUCAUUACAGAUGGUAAAUCAACUGGUAAAGAACCACCUAAACGUGCUGUGAAACCUGCCAAAGAAAAAGGUGUUCGAGUUUAUGUUGUCAAUAUUGGAAAAGAUACUGAUCCUAACGAAAUCAAGGACAUCGUACCCACCGAAAAGAACAUACAUAAUGCAAAUACACCGAAAGAGCUACCAAGUAUUGCUUCAAAACUAGCUGAAGACAUCGAAAAAGAUAUCAAAAAACGCGUUCCUAAGAAACUUGUUGACGUAAUAUUUGUUGUGGGUUCUGCUGAUCCAAAUGGCAGAGAUAACUGGAUGAAAGAGAAGCUUAUUAUGAACGACAUGAUUGAGAAACCAAAAGAUGCAUUUGUUAAAUAUGGUGUAGUUGAAACAGAUCCCAUUGGUUCGAUACACGUACCUCUUGGUGUUUACGAAGAUGAAAAGAAAUUGAAAGAAAGCGUAAAGAAAAUGCCUUUCAAAGAACGAAGAAAUUUAGACGAAGGAAUAAAAAAUGCUGGAAACGAAUUUGAGAAGAACGGACGACCAGAGGCUCGUAAGAUAAUGAUUGUAUUUAUUGAUGGUAAAGAUGUGUCGACUGUUGAAGAAUUAAAGAAAGUGACAGAGCCAUUAAAGAAGAAGAAUGUGAAAAUAAUUCCUGUUGUUUUGGAAGAUAACGUUGAUAAAGACAAACUUAAGCCUUUACUUCUUGAUAACAAAAAAGCAAAGAAAGGAAAAGAUCCUAAGAAAUUGGCUGAUGAAGUUUCUGAGGAAACUUUUAAUGAUCCGUGUUUUGCUGUCGAGUGUAAAGCUUGUGUUGCUAAACCUGAUGAUUCAACCACAUGUGAUAUUGGUGAAGUUAUAGAUCUUGUAUUUGCCAUCGAAGGAACAAGAAGAAUGAAAGAAGACGGGUUUACGGAGGCGAAAGAAUUCAUAAAGAACAUGGUGCAAUCAAAUUAUACAAUAUCUAAAGACGGAACACAUGUGGGCAUUGUUGAAUACAGUGAAGAACCAUCGAUAAAGCUUCGUCUUGAUGAAACAUUUGAUGAAGAUGUAAUACAGAACGUCAUUAAGAACAUGACACCAUCAGCAGGAGAAAAUGCAAAUCUUGACGAGGCGUUGGAUAAAUCUAUAAACAAAAUGUUCAGUGUUUCAAUGGGAGGACGUCCAUCGGCUAAAAGAUUUUAUUUUAAAUGGACUGAACGUAAAGAGAAAGAAAUGAUUGAUCUUGUGUUUGCUUUUGGAUCAACUGGUGAAGAUGCUCUAAACUUAUUUGAAAAAGAAAAGACAACUGCAAAAUUAAUGAUCGAUAAUGACAAGGAGAAAGAUGUUCUCUACAGUACGAUUGUUUAUGGACGUGAUGCUCUCGUAAAAUCACGAUUCAACGACCAGCCGGACAAAAAUAGAGUCAAGCAAUUUAUUGAUACACUAGAGUGGACCGACGAAGGAAACAAUAACAAUUGUAUUUGUAACUGGAAGAGCCGAUUCCACCACUGCAGAAUUAAAGAAGGCUGCGAAAAAUUGAAUGACCAGAAUGUGAAGAUAAUUUUAGUGAAACUAGGUACAGACCCAGAUGAUAAACGAUUGGAAACAAUUACACCGAAGAAAAACAUCGUAAAGAAGAGGAAAACUGUCGAUCCAAAGGAACUUUCUGAAUUUAUUGAAGAGCAAGUAAAGAAAAAUCCUUGUGAUGCUAUUGAUUGUGAUUACGGUGCAAAAUGCGAGGCUCAAGUCGAUGAUACAACUUUGUGUAAAUGUAAAGAGAAAUGUCCCACAACAGAAGAUUUCAUUUGUGGGUCUAAUGAUGUCACUUACACUAACGAAUGUCACCUGAAACAAGACAUGUGUAUGAUGCAAAAGUUGAUUUCCAAGAAAAAGAAAGGCUCUUGCAAACGCUUCCUUGAUCUCGUGUUUGCUUUGGAUGGAUCUGACAGUUUGAAUAAGAAUCAAUUUGUUAAGAUUAAAGAAUUAGUUAAAGCAAUGAUCGACAACUACACAAUUUCUGAGAGUGAAACCAAUGUUGGGAUAAUAGAGUACAGCAAUAAAGCAAAAGUUAUUCUUUCACUUAAUGCAUUGUUUGAAGCGGACGCCAUCAAAGAUAAAAUUGAUCUCAUCGUUCCAUCUGGUGGUAAAGACACGGUGACUGAUGAAGCUUUGCGAAAAUCAACAAAUGAUGUGUUUGAUGUAAAAGCAGGAGGAAGACCUGGAGCAUCGAAAGUUCUUAUAAUCAUUACAGAUGGUAAAUCAACUGGUAAAGAACCACCUAAACGUGCUGUGAAACCUGCCAAAGAAAAAGGUGUUCGAGUUUAUGUUGUCAAUAUUGGAAAAGAUACUGAUCCUAACGAAAUCAAGGACAUCGUACCCACCGAAAAGAACAUACAUAAUGCAAAUACGCCGAAAGAGCUACCAAGUAUUGCUUCAAAACUAGUUGAAGACAUCGAAAAAGAUAUCAAAAAACGCGUUCCUAAGAAACUUGUCGACGUAAUGUUCGUUGUGGGUUCUGCUGAUCCAAAUGGCAGAGAUAACUGGAUGAAAGAGAAGCUUAUUAUGAACGACAUGAUUGAGAAACCAAAAGAUGCAUUUGUUAAAUAUGGUGUAGUUGAAACAGAUCCCAUUGGUUCGAUACACGUACCUCUUGGUGUUUACGAAGAUGAGAAGAAAUUGAAAGAAAGCGUAAAGAAAAUACCUUUCAAAGAACGAAGAAAUUUAGACGAAGGAAUAAAAAAUGCUGGAAACGAAUUUGAGAAGAACGGACGACCAGAGGCUCGUAAGAUAAUGAUUGUAUUUAUUGAUGGUAAAGAUGUGUCGACUGUUGAAGAAUUAAAGAAAGUGACAGAGCCAUUAAAGAAGAAGAAUGUGAAAAUAAUUCCUGUUGUUUUGGAAGAUAACGUUGAUAAAGACAAACUUAAGCCUUUACUUCUUGAUAACAAAAAAGCAAAGAAAGGAAAAGAUCCUAAGAAAUUGGCUGAUGAAGUUUCUGAGGAAACUUUUAAUGAUCCGUGUUUUGCUGUCGAGUGUAAAGCUUGUGUUGCUAAACCUGAUGAUUCAACUACAUGUGAUAUUGGUGAAGUUAUAGAUCUUGUAUUUGCCAUCGAAGGAACAAGAAGAAUGAAAGAAGACGGGUUUACGGAGGCGAAAGAAUUCAUAAAGAACAUGGUGCAAUCAAAUUAUACAAUAUCUAAAGACGGAACACAUGUGGGCAUUGUUGAAUACAGUGAAGAACCAUCGAUAAAGCUUCGUCUUGAUGAAACAUUUGAUGAAGAUGUAAUACAGAACGUCAUUAAGAACAUGACACCAUCAGCAGGAGAAGAUGCAAAUCUUGACGAGGCGUUGGAUAAAUCUAUAAACAAAAUGUUCAGUGUUUCAAUGGGAGGACGUCCAUCGGCUAAAAAGAUUUUAGUUGUUAUUGCGGCCAGUAAUACAACCGGUAAAGAAGCAUUGAAGAAGUCUUCAAAACCGUUAAAAGAACGCGGUGUUAGAGUUUACGUAAUAGCUUUGGAUGAUGCUGAUCCAAAAGUUUUAAAUGGACUGGUUGGUGACGAGGAAAAUAUCAAAAGACAAAGGAUAAAAGAAACUACCAAAACUUAACAAGGAAAUGUCUGAGAUUAUCGAAGAGGAUUUGAUCAAAAGUAAGUGUUUCUUUCAUUAUGGAAAACAUUUUUCUCUCGUUGUUUUACUUGUGUUCACGUCUCCUUGACGUUUAACUUUUGAUAAGAUAAAAACAAUUCUAAUUUCUUCAAUUCAACA